AUGAUUAUCUUAUACGAUGAUGAUGAACGAAUUGCUCCAAAUGCUGCAACGAAUUUGGUUGAAUAUGGUUAUAACCAUAUUUUUUUACUUUCUGGAGAUGAAGUUGGUCCACCACCUACUCUUUUACCAUAUCAACCAGGACCACCAUCUAAUUAUCUUGAACAUAUUCGUUCUGGUCGAAAAAUGCUCAAAGAACAAGAAGAAACUGAUACAAAUGCAGCAAUCCAUGGAAAUUGGACAAUUGAAAAUGCCAAAGGUCGCCUUCAUCAAUAUUUACAAAAGAAUAAUCUUUCACAAGAAUAUAAAUAUACAUCAAGUGGACCAGAUAAUCUUCGAACAUUUUUUGCUGAAUUAUCUAUAUAUAUACGAGAACGUAAUCAAACAAUUCAUGCACGAGAAAAUGGAUCAACAAAACAAAUUGCUUCAAAAAGUUGUGCACUUGCACUUGUUCGACAACUUUAUCAUUUAAAUAUUAUUGAACCAUUUACUGGAGAAAAAAAGAAAAAACAAAUUGAAAAAGUAAAUUCACCUGGUUGUUUUUUGUUUUUCUAAAUCGUAUUUUAAAACUAUUAAAAACAAAUAGAAGAAUUUCUCAUUUUAUUAAUUAUUAAAAAAAUCUAUACAAUUGAACUUUCUAUUACUUUCACAUAUGAUUUUUGAUUAGAAUAAAAAUUUUUUGAAUUUUAUGUUCUUAACAAACAAUUGAUGUCUUGAUGAAAAUAAAGCAAUUUCAUAUAGUACUAAUAUUUUUCAUCUCAGAUUAUUUAAAAAAUUGUGAAAGAAAUAUCUCGAAUCAUCCAAAUUUAACAUUUACUAUCCUAUUGCUUAUUUGAAAUUUGAUACGAUUGAUCAUUAUUUU